AUGGUGUUUGGCAGUCUUGCUCCCAGUGAGCCUCCCAGUGCAGGGAGAGGCAUUGAGUAUUAUGUGCAGCAGACCAAGAUAGCCAGGGUAGAAAGGAUGAGGAAAGGAUUUGGAGCAUGUCAUAUAUAUGCUUCAUCAGCCAGUAAUGUAAAGAUGAGUAUCGAUGGGCUGGAGGAGAAGCUGGCACGUUGCAGACAGAGCGUGGAGGAGGUGGAUCUUAAACUGCGCAGGGAGAAGCUCAGCUCUGAAGGAAGAAAGUCACUGGAGAGAGAAAGAAACUUACUAAUGACCAAAGCUGACAACUAUGAGAAAGAACUGAGCACGCUUCGUAAGGAGAAUCGCAAGAACGCUGCCCUUGCUGUGGCUGUGGGGCUGCUGAUUGCUCUUAUUUAUGCCUGCUGGAUGAUGUGAUUGCACUCAAGAAUUCUCCCUGCUGACCAGAUGACUCUCCUGCAAGGAGCUCUUCCUCCUCUUGCCACUGUGCCUCCCCCAAGGGUAAGGAUCAGCAUUUCAGAUUGCUGUUCUUGUUCAUCCUCUCCAAGCCUCGUCGCAGGGAAGCUUUUUCUCUGAGAGUUGAG